GGGCUGCGGCGGCGGCGGCGGUUACUAUGGCGGAGUCGGCCGGAGCCUCCUCCUUCUUCCCCUUCGUCGUCCUCCUGCUCGCCGGCAGCGGCGGGUCCGGGCCCCGGGGGAUCCAGGCUCUGCUGUGUGCAUGCACCAGCUGCCUCCAGGCCAACUACACGUGUGAGACUGAUGGGGCCUGCAUGGUCUCCAUUUUCAACCUGGACGGGAUGGAGCACCACGUGCGCACGUGCAUCCCCAAGGUAGAGCUGGUGCCGGCUGGGAAGCCCUUCUACUGCCUGAGCUCCGAAGACCUGCGCAACACCCACUGCUGUUACACAGACCUCUGCAACAGGAUCGACCUGCGUGUGCCCAGCGGCCAUCUCAAGGAGCCCGAGCACCAUUCCAUGUGGGGCCCCGUGGAGCUGCUGGGCAUCAUCGCGGGCCCUGUGUUCCUCCUCUUCCUCAUCAUCAUCGUGGUCUUCCUGGUCAUCAACCACCACCAGCGAGUCUACCACAACCGUCAGAGGCUAGACAUGGAGGACCCCUCCUGCGAGAUGUGUCUCUCCAAGGACAAAACACUGCAGGACCUCGUCUAUGACCUCUCCACCUCAGGCUCGGGCUCAGGGUUACCCCUUUUUGUCCAGCGCACAGUGGCUCGAACCAUUGUCUUGCAGGAGAUUAUCGGCAAGGGCCGGUUUGGGGAAGUGUGGCGCGGCCGCUGGCGGGGCGGCGACGUGGCCGUGAAGAUCUUCUCUUCCCGUGAGGAGCGCUCGUGGUUCCGGGAGGCAGAGAUCUACCAAACGGUCAUGCUGCGCCACGAGAACAUCCUGGGCUUCAUUGCCGCCGACAACAAGGACAACGGCACGUGGACGCAGCUGUGGCUGGUUUCUGACUAUCACGAGCACGGCUCGCUGUUUGAUUACCUGAACCGCUACACGGUGACCAUCGAGGGGAUGAUCAAGCUGGCCCUGUCCGCCGCCAGCGGGCUGGCACACCUGCACAUGGAGAUCGUGGGGACCCAAGGGAAGCCUGGGAUUGCCCAUCGAGACCUAAAGUCAAAGAAUAUCCUGGUCAAGAAGAACGGCAUGUGCGCCAUCGCAGACCUGGGCCUGGCCGUGCGCCACGAUGCAGUCACCGACACCAUUGACAUCGCCCCCAACCAGAGGGUGGGGACCAAGCGGUACAUGGCUCCAGAGGUCCUGGAUGAAACCAUCAACAUGAAGCACUUCGACUCCUUCAAGUGUGCCGACAUCUACGCCCUGGGCCUGGUGUACUGGGAGAUCGCCCGGAGGUGCAACUCCGGAGGAGUCCACGAAGAGUAUCAGCUGCCCUACUACGACCUGGUGCCCUCGGACCCCUCCAUCGAGGAGAUGCGGAAGGUCGUCUGCGACCAGAAGCUGCGUCCCAACGUCCCUAACUGGUGGCAGAGUCACGAGGCGCUGCGGGUGAUGGGCAAGAUGAUGCGGGAGUGUUGGUAUGCCAACGGUGCAGCCCGCCUCACCGCCCUGCGCAUCAAGAAGACCCUGUCUCAGCUCAGCGUACAGGAAGACGUGAAGAUCUAGGCGUGCUCCUGUUCCCCAUGUAGCCCCCCGGGCAGCGAGAACUACAGCUGCCAUGUCGAGCGUCUGACGGAGGCCUACCUCUCGUUUCUGCCCAGCCGCCUGCGGCCGGCCGGCAGCCCUGGCCUGCCUGAGGGACAGAGCCCGGGAGCCCCGCUCACUCCCGUGUCGGCUGCGACAUGCAGGACGCCUUUGCUAUUUACCUCCUAACGGCGCAGAGACUGAGAGCGGAUUGGGUGCAGAACUCAGUGCCACGGCCCGAACCGCUCGGGCCGGCUAGCAACCUCCUCUCCCCGCGCCAAAGCCGGUGCCCCUGGCGGGGUGGCCUGGGAGGGGCCAUGGGAGCAGGCUUGGGGCCAGGGACCUAGCCACAGCACCCCAAGGUGGCCUAGAGGAGUGGAAGUGCUGCUCCUCUCGCAGGCAGCUCUGAGCCCAAGCAGCUCUCCUCCCUUACAG